GAAGGAUGAGCCCAUAAGUAUCCAUCACUCAAUAUAAGAUGGGUACAGUAUGAGCUGAUGGAUACUUUUGGACUCAUCCUGCCUUUGGAUUGGAACUUUUGAUUCACGACCGGGCUCAGUUGAGCAGCCCAAUGUAACACGAUCAGCCCUGGGACGUCUCAUCAUGCGCUCGUAUUCCAGCCACCGUAUUGUACCAAUGAUACGUGAUUGAUUUGCCCGUGUCAUGGUACCUUUAUUUAUUGGGCAACUGUUUAUGUGAAUACACGAUCCCAAAGCCCAAGAUCCGAUUGGAUUUCACAAUGCGCUUCCUUCAUUCCGUCGACCUUACUUUUAAUACCUUUGUUGAUGAUAGGGAUAUGCCCAAAUAUGCCAUUCUCUCUCACACUUGGGGGCAGGACGAGGUAACUUAUAAAGAGAUGAAGAAGCGUCCUGAUGAUGCUGCUAAGAAGCAGGGUUAUCAGAAGAUCAAAGCGUCCGCUCAGAGAGCACGCGAAGAUGGCCUCGAGUAUUUUUGGGUUGACACUUGUUGUAUCGAUAAAUCCAGCAGCGCGGAGCUUUCAGAAGCGAUUAAUUCCAUGUAUCUGUUAUAUCAGAACUCUCAGGUCUGCUACGCUUUCUUAAGCGACGUGUCAACACCGUCGACUCACACGAGCGAUCGCACAUGGAAAGCUGAAUUCCAAUCUUCGCGAUGGUUUACCCGCGGCUGGACGCUUCAGGAGCUAAUUGCUCCUAAGUCAUUGAAAUUCUAUUCUCGCAGCUGGUCCUAUAUUGGAACGAAAGUGGAGCUGGCCGUGGCCAUUACGGAGAAAACUGCCAUCCCGCAAGGUGUCAUCAUAUCCGGAGACUGUUCCAACUCAUCUGUUGCACAGCGAAUGAGCUGGGCCGCGGGUCGACAGACAUCCAGAAGAGAGGAUGAAGCAUACUGUCUGAUGGGAAUCUUUGACGUUAACAUGCCAAUGCUUUAUGGUGAAGGGAGGCGUGCGUUUCUGCGCCUACAAGAAGAGAUCCUCACGAAAUCUGACGAUCUGUCUAUCUUUUCAUGGGUGAGCCCCAGGAUGGUGUUUUCAAGUUAUCGAGGCCUCCUAGCCCGCGAGGUGUCUGAAUUUGCAGAGUGUAGUGACAUUGGGUGGGUAAGAGGCACGAACAACGACCCGUAUCAAAUCACGAACAAAGGGAUACACAACUCCCUACCACUCACUGCAAGAGAAGGGAGACCUGGUGAGUUUAUAGCCCUUUUAAGAGGGGUUUACAAGAAGCCAGACAUGAAAAUAGGGAUAUUUCUCCAGAGCGUGGGAAAAGAACAAUACGGGCGCAUCGAAUCGGACCAAUUGGCAUUGCCACAGUUCCAUCUGCCCGAGGAGAAAACAUCUCUGAUUAAACUGUUUGUCCGUCAGAACGUUGUGAUGGAAGAUGCAAGCCACAAUCGAGUCGCAGGCGUGUCACUCAUCUUCGAUGGCUCCGUUAUGGAGCUGCUGAAGCCACCGCCAACAGCCUCCUGGAAUGAGGAGGCGAAAUUUUUCGCAUUCGAAGGGCCGAUACAGUCCAAAAAGCCACCCGUCUUCAUGUGCACACUCCGCAGUAUUGGGACGCAGGGCGAUGGAAUCACGAUCACUGUUGAUGCCAGCAACCAAUGGGGCUCAGUAUUGGGAAUUGAAAAGGGAUGGAAUAAAGCGCCUGCUCUAACACCAUUUAUUCAUAAGUUUCAUUGUCGGAGGCCGAGGCACCCUGUUUUGGAAGUCAAUCUCGAGAGAGGAAUCUUUGACGGAGAAGCUCAACUGAAACUUACGGUCAAGAGCUUAACAGUUGGGAAUGGUCCCGGUACCCAUGCUAUAAGACCCAGGGUACCGGCAGGAUCGUCUCGCUCUUGGCCUCACUGAGAGACUCCAGUUUCAAAACGGCAAGUAACCAGAUAAGCAAAUCACAAGAGUCUCGGGCCAUUAAGCCUGUGGCUGUACAGGGCCUCAUGACGGCUCUGAUCAG